ACAAAAAAAAAAUUUUCAUCUUUCUGUUGUCUCUGUGUCAUCCUCCAACCAGAAGCAAUCUAAAACAGACAAAACGCAUUCCUCUCCUUUCUCUUUCUCUAUCUAGGUUUCCUUCCAUACCCAUUUCUGAGAUGUCCAAGCAGACCUACAAAGUGUGCUUCUGUUUCCGCCGGAGGUUCAAGUUGGCGGUGGCGGAGGCUCCUGAAGAGAUCAAGGCUUUGUUUGGUCAGUACUCUGAGAAUGGCCUUAUGACCGUUGAUCAUCUCCGCCGCUUCCUUCUAGAGGUUCAGAAACAAGACAAGGCUACUAUAGAGGAAGCUCAGGCUAUCUUUGAUCAUCUUCAUGAGCUUAAACAUUUGAACAUUUUCCACCGCAAAGGACUCAAUCUUGAGGCUUUUUUUAAGUACCUUUUUGGCGAUGCUAACCUUCUUAUCGAUGUCAAUCGUGGGGUGCACCAUGAUAUGACUGCUCCUGUGUCUCAUUAUUUCAUAUAUACUGGCCACAAUUCAUAUCUAACUGGGAAUCAACUUAGUAGUGACUGCAGCGAUGUCCCCAUCAUAAAUGCACUGCAGAGAGGUGUGAGAGUAAUUGAAUUGGAUAUAUGGCCUAAUUCCACUAAAGACAAUGUGGAUGUCCUUCAUGGGAGGACACUGACAACCCCAGUGGAACUCAUAAAAUGUUUGAGGUCCAUCAAGGAGCAUGCCUUUAGUGCGUCCGAGUAUCCGGUUGUUAUAACUCUAGAAGACCAUCUUACUCCAGAUCUUCAGGCUAAAGUGGCUGAGAUGAUCACUCAAACAUUUGGAGACAUCCUGUUUUCUCCUGGCUCAGAAUGCUUAAAGGAAUUUCCCUCUCCAGAAUCAUUGAAGAAACGAAUUAUAAUAUCAACGAAACCACCAAAAGAAUAUCUGGAAGCCAAGGAAAUAAAGGAGAGGGAGAAUGAUUUACAGAGCGGAAAGGCUGCACCUGAUGAGGAAGCUUGGGGGCAAGAAAUCCCUGACCUUAAAGGCCAUAUUCAGACUGAUGAUAAGAAUGAAUUAGACGGAGAUAAUAAUGAUGAUGAAGAUCUUCCUGAAGGAGAUAAUAAGUCUCAGCAUUUUGUUGCACCACAAUAUAAACAUUUAAUCGCUAUUCAUGCUGGGAAACCUAAAGGUGGAAUAGAAGAAUGUUUGAAAGUGGAUCCUGAUAAAGUUAGACGUCUUAGCUUAAGUGAGCAACAACUUGAAAAGGCUGCAGAAACUCAUGGAAAAGAAAUUGUCAGGUUUACCCAGCAGAAUAUUCUUAGGGUGUACCCGAAAGGUAUACGUGUGGACUCCUCCAAUUACAACCCAGUGAUUGGGUGGAUGCAUGGAGCUCAAAUGGUUGCUUUUAACAUGCAGGGAUAUGGAAGAUCACUUUGGUUGAUGCAUGGAAUGUUCAGAGCCAAUGGUGGAUGUGGUUAUGUGAAGAAACCAGAUUUUCUAUUGAAGUCUGGUCCACAUGGUGAGGUUUUUAAUCCUAGAGCUAAGUUGCCGGUGAAGACAACUUUGAAGGUGAAAGUAUAUAUGGGGGAAGGAUGGCGCAAUGAUUUCCAUCGCACUCAUUUUGAUGCAUUUUCCCCACCAGAUUUUUAUGCAAGGGUAGGAAUUGCUGGUGUCCCUGCAGAUAUUAUAAUGAAGAAGACAAAGACAUUGGAGGACAAUUGGAUUCCUGUGUGGAAUGAGGAAUUUGAGUUCCCAUUAACCGUUCCAGAGUUGGCUUUGCUUAGAAUUGAGGUUCAUGAGUAUGAUUUGUCCGAAAAGGAUGACUUUGGAGGUCAAACAUGCCUCCCUGUGUCUGAGUUAAGGAGGGGGAUUCGAGCAGUUCCUCUCCAUGAUCACAAGGGAGAACAGUACAAAUCUGUAAAACUCCUCAUGCGCUUUGAUUUUGUUUGAGACUCAGUAAUUUAUGCUACGUGGUUCCAUGUGAUAGAUGUACAAAGUUGUGAAGCCCUUUCAAUGUGUGAUGUUGCGACUUGUGAGCUGGUGUGUGGUUAAACGAUUCAUGUUGCUGUGUGACAUAAUAACGUCUGCCCUGCUGUUUCUUGUUGUCUGCUGAUUUGGGGCAGAUGGUGCAGGGAACUGGCAACAUACUGCUGUAAAAAUUUGACAAUGAGUUAUCAUAUUUAUUCUAUUGUAAUUAUGAA